GACGUGAUCAUGGUGUGAAGACGACAAGUGUUGGAAGGUGAGAGGAACCAACACAUGAAAUUAUCGAAGCAUCCAGACUAGAGAUCCAGACUCUUACCUCUCCGAUCCAAAUCCAAUCGAUUUCGCUUCCAAUUUUCAUCAACAAUGAGUUCAGGUUCGACAUUCAGUGGUGAUGAAACUGCACCGUUCUUUGGAUUCCUCGGCGCCGCUGCCGCCCUUGUCUUCUCCUGCAUGGGGGCUGCGUAUGGAACGGCGAAGAGUGGUGUGGGUGUGGCAUCGAUGGGAGUGAUGAGGCCUGAGCUGGUGAUGAAGUCCAUUGUUCCUGUUGUCAUGGCUGGUGUGCUUGGUAUUUAUGGUUUGAUUAUUGCUGUCAUUAUCAGUACCGGGAUUAACCCGAAGGCCAAGUCUUAUUAUCUUUUUGAUGGCUAUGCACACCUUUCUUCUGGUUUGGCUUGUGGUCUUGCUGGUCUUUCUGCCGGAAUGGCCAUCGGCAUAGUUGGUGAUGCUGGUGUUAGGAUACAAGUUACAGUGUCCGAGGACUUGUUAUGAGUAGGGAUGUCACUUUUCAAAUCUGGGGAUUGGCCUUUUUGGUGCAUCUCUACUUCCAUGUGCCAAGUUUGAGCAAAAACGUGGUUGGAGCUUAAGGGCAUUCAUGGUGCAGGAGGUUAGUUUUAUACGUUGCAUUUGAUGAUAAGUGGUUAUGCAUGCUAUAUGAUGAUUAUGGAGUUUUGGUUAUCGAUUUAGUGGACUUCUUGGUGUCCUCCCGCCUUGUGUUUUUGCUUUUCACGAAAAUCAUGAUUUUGAUAUUCAUUUACGUCAUAUAGAUUGAUAGUUGAUUGAUUUUUGUUGAAUAGUCCAUAUAUACUGUGCGUUUCUACAUUUGAUGAUUUGUGUUUUUCGGGUUUUGAUGUUUGACUUUUGUUGAUUAAUCACAAUUUGUCACGCUCUUGUUUGUCAACUAUGCUGCUGCAUUGAACGUAUCUCUAUUCGGUCCCCCGUGUUCUUGGUUGGUUAUCCACAG